GGUUGUUCCCCCUCCAAGAAAGGAAUGCGGGGAUGUUUUGUUUGGUCACGGGCGCUGCUGCUUGUGGGUGUGUUGGCCGCCGACAGCAGCCGAAAAGGACUGAUGUGGUCGUCGGGUUUGCCCACGUCGGGGGCCUUUCUGCCAAGAACAGAUCAACAGAGAUUCAGGAUCCUCGCCGACGAGUCCAACAAAGGCCGAUGGCGCGGGAAAUACGGGACUCGUGAGUGGCACAUGAAAGGGAGCCUCUCUCGCUUCCAGAGCCCAUCAUAUCAUGCAGGCUGCCCGGCCUCUUGAAUCAGCCCACUCUGUCAGCCUGCGCCCACCGCGGCGAACAGCCAACAGCUGAAUCCAACGGAAUGGUCCGGAGGGGAGUGCAAGUGUCAGUCAUGUGAUUGAAGCCGUUGGUGCGAUGGCUAUGACUGAAGCUAUUCGCGGUUAUGGCACCAUGAAAUGAUUCUAAUUUGUUGUUACAAUCCAAUCCUUUGCCAAUCAAUUGGUGGAUUCCGCGUUGUUCUACACAGUAUUAUGAGUUGGCCUCAGUCUAGGUAUCGAGGUGCCCUGCAGCAGCAACAAAGCUCGGGCCACAUCAGGUGGGUGUGCUUCGUCCAUCAAUUGCCAACUCUACCGAAAUUUUUACCCAAGGCCGUUGAGCGCCCCCUGUCCGAGACGUUUCCCCUUGCGCACAGCGCCGUCUGCCCUUUGGAACCUGGCGAUUCCAAGAGCCGAUGAUGCGCCAGUUCGAGGACUAUUUCCUCGAGUCUUUCGACCAUGCGACGGGCUGGUACCCGGACAAUCGCUACGAGGGCCUCAAUGACACCGCCGACAGGCUCAUGCAGUUCGGCCUGCCAAAGCUCAUGCAGUUCCGCCUCCCGACCGGCCUGAACCUGUCCUUCUCGUCCCUCGCGACCCCCAACUUUGCCACCUCGUACCGCCUGGGCGCCGGCGGCAGCUUCGACGGCUCCAUCUCGUACCUCUACUCUUCUGUGCCGCUCAGGGCGGUCCAUUCCAACUCCAAGACCAUACCGCUUCCGGCCCUGCUGCGGUCGUACAGGCCGCUCCAGCCUCUGCCCCCCCGAGCCGCCGCCGCCGCUGCCGCCGGCGAGACGCCCGCGCCGGCGCCCGCGCCGGCGAUCCCCCCCGAACGUCUGACCGCCCAGGAGGUCUUGCAGGACUUUGCCAAGCAGCCAUGGUUGGUCUUUGGGAGGCUGUUCUUGCCCCUGUCCAUGCUCGAGGCCCAGGUCACCAAGCGCAUCACGCCGACGUUUCGGCUGCAGGUCAAGGCUGUCAGCCAAAGCGACUAUCCCAACGGCGGCAACAUCCUCGGUAGCCUGCAGUUCAACAAGCCUCACUACGGCGUCGAGAGCCUCGUCUGGACCGAAGGGGGACUGCUUGUUCUCAGGGGCCUGUACAAUUUUGGCGGCGAUGCCGCGCCGGUCGGGAGUCUGGCGCCGACCGCCGCGGGAAGCGCCGUCGCCGACCACGGCUCUCUCCCCUCUGGAAAUGGUGGUAAUGGCGGCAGUGGCGGCAACGGCAGCGGCAAUGGUCACGGAAACGGCCACGGCAAUGGCAAUGGCAACGGCAAUGGGCACAGCAACGGCGGAAGUGGGGGGACGGUGUCGGAAGAGCGCGAGAGGAUAUACGGGCGCUUUAGCGCUGGCGGUGAGAUAUUUUAUGGUGUGCUCAACAAGACGGCCGGCGCGUCGGUCGGGGGCCGGUUCGCGACGCUGCCGGCGCACCGCGGCACGCCCCUGACGGCGACGCUGACGCUAGCCCCGCUGGUGGGAAACAUCGGCGCCACAUUUGCCGUCAUGGCGCGAGACAAGUGCUCCUUGUCGACCCGGUUCGACUUUAACGUUUACAGCUACGAGAGCGACUGGACCGUCGGCAUGGAGCUUUGGGGCACCGGACGCGUGGCGGGCCUGAUCGACGGCACCAAGACCGACGAGGGACCGGCGGCAGAAUCUGCCGCUCGCAAGACGGAAAUAGAAGCGAGCCCGCCGAGGAAAAAGGAGCGAAGCUUCCAGGCAAAGCUGGAGUGGAGGCUCGACGACGACGCCAGUGGCGGAGGUGAGGCCCCAUCGCCUGCGAAGAGCCAACCAGCGGCGUCGGAGAAGUCCGACGGCAAGGAGAAGGAGCCCUUCUCCGGCGUGCUCAAGGCACGCAUGGACCAGCACUGCCGAGUCGCUAUGCUCUGGGAGGGGAGGCUAAAAUCGCUGAUCUUCAGCCUGGGAACCAUUGUAAGCCUGAGCCAGCCAGAGCAGUCGUUCCGCAGCAUCGGCCUCGAAAUACAGUACUCGUCAUGAUUGCAGAAGCUGUGUCAAGAAUGUGUCUCUCUGUG